CAAGACUUUUGGUCUCUCUUUAUUUUUUUAUUUUUUUUAAAGCGUUUUCUGGCCCUUAUAAUGGAGGGUACACUCGAGGAAGCCAAAACGUGCGUACCAGUGAACGAAGACGAUAGUGAUAGUGGAUCUGUUUUUACGAAAGAAGCCAAAAUUCGAACUCAGUGUGAAAGAGUUCGCAAAAUAAAGAAAGAAAUGUUAGAAGCGUCUCAAUUGGAUAAAGAGUUAUUGUUAUUGGAUGAAUUACGACGCAACUUACAAAGAACGAAAAAAAAAAUGGAUUCGUCGAAACCAUUUUAUCUUCAAUCGCGACAUCAUUUAGAAAAUCUUUGCAAAAGGCGUUCAAUUUUUUUCCCAUCCUUCGAAAUUUAUGGUAGUGUUGCGGGUCUUUAUGAUUAUGGACCUUCUGGGUGUGCUAUCAAAAGAGAGCUUGAAGCUCACUGGCAUCGUUUUUUUGUAAUCGAGGAUGAUUUACUUGAAAUUGACGCUACAUGUUUGACUCCUCAUCAUGUUUUAAAAGCUUCAGGUCAUGUGGAUAGGUUUUGUGAUAUUAUGGUAGCAGAUACUCAAACAGGUGAAUGUUUCCGUGCGGAUAAACUUGUUGAAGAUUUCAUUGACAAUCUUUUAAAAACGAAAACGUCAAUGACAGAAACAACAAUUGACUAUUAUAAGGCAAUACAAAGACAAUGCGGAGGGUAUUCUAUCUCUCAACUGGCCGAAGUGAUUGAAAAGGAAGGUAUCAAAUCUCCUAUAACUCAAAAUACUUUUAGCACUCCGUUUCCCUUCAACUUAAUGUUUCAAACAGUUUAUGGUCCGAAACAAGAUAAAGACCAAAAUAAUAUUGUGUAUUUAAGACCCGAAACAGCUCAAGGAAUUUUCGUUAAUUUUAAGAGAUUUUUAGAAUAUAAUGGAGGGAAGCUACCAUUUGGUGUAGCACAAAAAGGCUUAGGUUUUCGUAAUGAGAUCUCACCUCGUAAUGCUUUAUUGCGUGUACGAGAAUUUAAUAUGGCAGAAAUCGAAUAUUUUAUUGAUCCUCUUGUCAAAACACAUCCAAAAUUUGAUACUAUCAGCCAUUUAGUGCUUCCUUUGUUUUCAAAAUAUGAUCAAACAACAAAUGGUCAACUUCAAAACACGUUGACACUAAAGGAGGCUGUGAAAAACCAAUUAAUUGGAAGUGAAUGUUUGGCUUAUUUUAUGGCGAAAGCAUAUCUUUUCGUGUUGGAAUGUGGUAUUCUUCCUACAGCGAUCCGAUUACGUCAACAUCUUGAUUCUGAAAAAGCCCAUUAUGCAUCUGAUUGUUGGGAUGUUGAUAUCGAAACAUCAUAUGGAUGGAUCGAAUGUAUUGGUAUUGCAGAUCGUUCCGCUUAUGAUUUAGUGCAACACGCUACUGCAUCAAAAACACCUUUAGUUGCAACACGGCGUUAUGCAGAGGCUCAAACUGUCACUAAAACAUCAAUAAGCUUCAAUCAUGCUUUAUUAGGGCAAACAUUUAAAAAGGAAGCGCGGAAUGUGAUUAAUACGUUUGAAAAAAUGCCGUCAUCUGAAUUGAUUAAAAUCAAGAAACAAUUAGAAAAAGAAGGGUACUAUGAAUUAUGUUUCCAAGACAAUGGAAAAGUCAAUAUUACACCUGAAAUGGUAUUGUUCGAGGAAACCCAAAAAAAAAUUUAUGAAGAAAGUUUCGUUCCGAAUGUUAUUGAACCGUCCUUUGGCAUUGGUCGUUUACUGUAUUGUAUUCUAGAACAUUCCUUCUCCUUUCGUUCAUCUCAACUAGAUCGAUCGUAUCUUAAACUACCAUUGGUACUUGCCCCUGUCAAAUGUUCGAUUUUAUCUAUAUCCCAAAAAACCGAUUUUAAUCACCUUGUUGAUCAUGUAUCGCGUUUAUUAAAAAAAAAUGCUAUAUCAAGCAAAAUUGAUAUUUCGAGUGCUACGAUUGGAAAACGAUAUUCUCGUACCGAUGAAAUUGGAAUUUUCUUUGCAGUAACAAUAGAUUUUCAAUCAUUAAAAGAUAACACUGUCACCCUUCGUCAUCGGGAUACUAUGGAGCAAAUACGUCUUCCUAUUGACGAAGUUCCUAUUAUUAUUAAAGAUCAUUUGAAUCAAACAUGUACAUGGAAAGAAACGACACAAAAAUAUCCUAUUUUUGUAGAGCAAAACUUACAAGAAGCUUAAAGUCUGAAUCGAUUGUCUAGAAACAACUUUUCUUGUACACUAAUUUGACCUACCACACGCAUUCAGACUAAAAUACAUUUCGGUUUAAAAGAAAUAGUGCUGCACGUUUCUCAAAAUUUUUUAAAUUUUAUGUGCUUAAACAAAACAUGAAAAAACA